AAAGAGGCUAGAAUCUGUGCAGUAAAUUCACACCAAAACUCGAUUCAUAGCUGUACUUCCUUGGCUUAGGUAAAUUGAUAUCAUAGUGCAACAAUGCCAGCAGCAAAGCCAGAAGAGAAAGGGGAUUCCUCGACAUCAGCUGCCAAAAAGGCUUUGUCCGGUGCUUCUAACGGCAAUGUCACUUAUGAGCUGCCAUGGGUUGAGAAGUACAGACCAGUCUUUCUUGACGAUGUAGUCGGAAACACAGAAACGAUAGAACGACUGAAGAUUAUUGCGAAGGAUGGAAAUAUGCCACACGUCAUCAUAUCUGGGAUGCCCGGUAUAGGCAAGACGACAAGCGUCCUAUGCUUGGCCCGCCAAUUGCUCGGAGACUGCUAUAAGGAGGCAGUCUUGGAGCUUAACGCCAGUGACGAGCGAGGUAUCGACGUUGUCCGAAACCGCAUCAAGGGCUUCGCGCAAAAGAAAGUCACCCUCCCCGCCGGCCGACACAAGCUCGUGAUCCUCGACGAAGCCGACAGCAUGACAUCCGGAGCACAGCAAGCUCUCCGACGCACAAUGGAAAUCUACUCAAACACAACACGAUUCGCCUUCGCAUGCAACCAGUCCAACAAGAUUAUCGAACCGCUCCAAUCCCGCUGCGCCAUCCUACGGUACGGCCGGCUCACAGACGAGCAGGUAGUCAAGCGACUAAUGCAGAUCAUCGAGGCGGAGAAAGUGGAGUACAACGACGAGGGUCUCGCAGCGCUCGUCUUCAGCGCCGAGGGUGAUAUGCGGCAAGCCAUCAACAACCUGCAGAGCACAUCCGCAGGUUUCGGGUUCGUGAGCGGGGACAACGUGUUCAGAGUAGUAGACAGCCCGCACCCUAUCAAGGUGCAGGCGAUGCUCAAGGCGUGUCACGAGGGCAACGUGGACAGCGCGCUAGAUACGCUGCGCGAGCUGUGGGGGCUGGGGUACUCGAGCCACGAUAUCAUUAGCACGAUGUUCAAGGUCACGAAGACGAUCGAUACGCUGAGCGAGCAUGCGAAGUUGGAGUUUAUUCGCGAGAUUGGGUUCACGCAUAUGAAGAUCCUCGAGGGCGUGCAGACGCUGUUGCAGUUGAGUGGGUGUGUGGCUAGGCUGUGCAAGAUUAAUAUGAAGCCGGAGAGGUUUGAGACGAAGGGGAAGUGAGGGGUUGAUCUUGCGCGGGAUAUAGAUAGGGGGGUUGGCGAGAUGGCUUGAGAUGUGUAUUUGCAUGGCAUGGCAUUGGCGUUUACGAGGUCAUGAGUUCUACCUAGUUGCUAUCACAUAGCUGAGACGAGUAUCAAAAAUUUAAAAGUGGCAGAUUAUGG